CAGAACAGAAACACUUGUAAAGACAAUGAGUUCCAAAAUCAACAACCAACCACAGGUUAUAUUUUUCAUCAUGUCAUGUUUAUUUUCUCACACAAUUUCGGACCCAAGAAUCUCAGAAGCUGGACUCUACUGUGGUAAAGACAAAGCACCACAAAAAUCAAACUUCAUCCCAAGUUUCAUAAAAGAAAUGGAGAAUCUCUCACAGCUUGUGACUGAUCAUAAUUGGGGAACUCAAUCCGUAAAUAUCGCAGAAUUUGUUCCGAUAUAUGGCUUUGCACAAUGUUUUCAAGAUCUCUCUCAUACUGAUUGUCUUCUUUGCUACGCUGCAAGUCGGACUAUGCUCCCUCGUUGCCUCCCUUCGCUAUCAGCUCGUAUUUAUCUUGAUGGUUGCUUCCUUCGUUACGAUAAUUAUAGUUUCUACUCAGAGGAAACUGACCCUUUGAGGGAUAAAGUAAUUUGCACCUCUUCUGAGAGGUUGGAGGUGCAGAUGGAAAGGAGUGUUGAAAGAGUGGUUGAUGUUGUGGCCAAGGAUGCUGGUGAUGGUGGUGGAUUUGCUGUUGGAGAGGUUGAGGGUGUUUAUGCCUUAGCACAAUGCUGGAAAACUCUUGGGAUUGAUGGGUGUAGAGAUUGUUUGAGCAAUGCUGUUAAGAAGGUUAGAGGGUGUUUGCCAAAUAGUGAAGGUAGGGUUUUGAAUGCUGGAUGUUAUUUGAGAUACUCAACACACAAAUUUUUCAAAGAUGGAGGUGGAACAAAUGGUGGAAAUGGAUCUUUAAGAAAUGGAGCUGUAAUAGCAGCAGUGUUAGCAAUAGCUGCAAUUAUCAUGCUUGCUCUCUCUGCCUCUUUUGCAGUCUACAAAAAAUUGUCAAAUCUGAAAAAAGAAAAAAAUAACCACGAUCAAAUUUCAUCUUCCAUAACAAAAUCAAGUUUGAAUUACAAAUACGAAACGCUUGAGAAGGCAACAGAUUAUUUCAACUCUUCGAGAAAAAUAGGCCAAGGAGGAUCAGGUUCAGUUUUCAAAGGUAUUCUCCCUAACGGAAACGUUGUUGCAGUAAAGAGAUUGGUAUUCAACAAUAGGCAAUGGGUGGAUGAGUUCUUCAAUGAAGUAGAUUUGAUCAGUGGAAUUGAACACAAAAACCUUGUCAAACUAUUAGGUUGUAGCAUUGAAGGACCUGAGAGCUUACUUGUAUAUGAGCACUUACCCAACAAGAGUUUAGAUCAAUUUAUCUUUGAGAAGAGCAGAACUCAAAUUCUAAAUUGGAAGCAGAGGUUUAACAUCAUUUGUGGAACAGCAGAAGGGCUUGCAUAUCUUCAUCAAGGUUCUAUUAAAAGAAUCAUCCAUAGAGAUAUUAAAAGCAGCAAUGUUCUUCUGGAUGAUAAUCUCUCUCCAAAGAUUGCAGAUUUCGGCCUUGCGCGAUGUUUUGCUACUGAUAAAACACAUUUGAGUACUGGAAUUGCUGGAACACUUGGUUACAUGGCUCCGGAGUACCUAAUUCGAGGACAACUUACAGAUAAAGCUGAUGUCUAUAGUUUUGGAGUACUUGUUCUCGAGAUUGUAUGUGGUAGAAGGAAUAAUGUCAUCAGAGAGGACUCUGGAUCACUUCUACAAAAUGUAAGACUUUAA